AUGUUCUCCAGACGUUGUAACACCGAUGCCGAAUUUCGAUUGAUACAAUGCUGUUCGACAUGUAAUACAAAUGGAACCGGCAUGGCCUAUGAUUUAAUUGCAAGAUCACUGGUUUCAGAGCACUGCUUUGAUAGAUACGGAUCACAAUUUUGUGGAAGGUACGUCAAUAAAACCGACGUGUUUGAGCCCCAUAACACCUGGUCAUGUAGCGGAAUGAAUCCCCAAAUUGCUUUUCGAUCAUGUAGGCUUUCCUGCGGGUACUGUAACUUUAGUGUGGUCCAUUAUACGAUAGACAAUGCGAUAAAGGCUUGCAACAAAAAUAAAAAUCCUAUCGGAUCAUAUCGCUGGCAGAAACUUCACCGCUCAACACCGAAGCCUAGUAGUACGCCAGCAACCCCAUCUCCGGUUCCACUGCUACCGGAAUAUGAGAGCCUUGAUACGUUAUACUAG